AACAUUUAUUGCAGUCAUAUUGUGAGCGGACUUUGAAUUGAAUGAAAUAACGCGAGAAGCUAUUUCCGCCUUAUUAUGGAAGAGCAGCUUGCAGAUGAUGGGGUUGCAGACGUUUGUAAGCUUUGUUUGUGUUGCAGGGAUCUUAUGGCCAGGGGUUGCUGCUGAUCGCCGCUUCCAGCCCAACUGGAAGAGUCUGGACAGCAGAUCAUUGCCCCCCUGGUACGAUGAGAGUAAAUUUGGAAUAUUCAUCCACUGGGGCGUCUUUUCCGUGCCCAGUUUCGGGAGCGAGUGGUUCUGGUGGAACUGGGAAGGCGUGCACAGGCCCGAGUAUGUGAAGUUUAUGAAGGAGAACUACCCAGAGGGGUUCAAGUACAGUCAGUUCGCCCCGGCAUUUACCGCGGAAUUCUUCGAUCCGGAUCAGUGGGCGGACGUGAUUCAGAAAUCCGGAGCCAGGUAUGUGGUUCUAACAACUAAACACCAUGAAGGAUUCACAAACUGGGGAUCAUCUGUGUCCUGGAACUGGAACUCUAUUGACACGGGUCCUCAUCGAGAUUUGGUGGGUGACCUAGCAGCUGCUGUCCGACAACGGAAUUUAUAUUACGGAGUGUACCAUUCUCUCUUUGAGUGGUUUAAUCCUCUUUACUUGUACGACAAACAGAACAAAUUCAAGACCCAAAAAUUUGUUGUGGAUAAAACAUUGCCAGAGCUGUCUGAUCUAGUCAUGAGGUAUAAACCAGAUAUAAUCUGGUCAGAUGGAGACUGGGAAGCACCAGAUUCCUACUGGAAUUCCACAGGAUUUCUGGCCUGGCUUUACAAUGAUAGCCCUGUCAAGGAUACAGUUGUAACCAAUGACCGCUGGGGAGCUGGCUGUUCCUGUAAACAUGGUGGAUUCUUCAACUGUGCAGACAAAUAUAGCCCAAGCAAGCUACAGAACCACAAAUGGGAGAUGUGUACCUCGAUUGACACAAGGUCAUGGGGAUAUCGUAGAAACAUGCAUCUAAGUGAAGUGUUGGACUUGCCAUCAAUUAUCAGUACUUUGCUGGAAACAGUUGCUUAUGGAGGUAAUUUGCUGCUCAAUAUUGGUCCCACCAAAGAUGGCACUAUCCCUGUAAUUUUCCAGGAAAGGUUGGAAGGCCUGGGACAAUGGCUAAGUGUUAAUGGUGAAGCAAUAUAUGCAUCAAAACCAUGGCGCGUUCAGAAGGAGAACUCUACAGCCAUCUGGUACACUAGUAAGGGAUCCUCAAUUUAUGCAAUGUUCAUAAAGUGGCCCACUGAUAAUAUCUUAAAACUGAAAUCUCCAAAGAGCUCAUCGAGCACUAAAGUAACAAUGCUGGGAGUCCCAGAGCCUCUGAAAUGGACAGUUUCUUCACCACAAGGUAUUCUUGUGUAUCUGUCCUCUAUUUCCAUGUUUGCUCUCCCCUCAGAAGAUGGUUGGACAGUGAAACUGGAAGGAGUUUCAUAAUCGGGAAAAGCAGUCAGUUUAAUUGAAAUGUCUUUCAAAGCAGCUUAUUGCUUCCGUUAUAAAUAUCAAUCAAAGGAUUUGACAGUGCCAAAGGGAUGGUUUUAAAAACUGGUGAGAAAGUGAUUAUGCAGAUACUUUAUUGCUUAAAUUUGACUCACUGGUUUGGGGUACUUAAGUGAAUUUUUGAAUCAGGGAUUACUUUUAAAUUUUGGUUUGGAAGACUCUUUUGAUUGAGAUUUUCUUGACUGCAUUUUGAUUUUUUUUUGUUUCUCAGGGGCUCCUUUUUCCAUUUCCAUUAACUCCUUUGCAAGGUAAUGCAGUCUUGUAAUAAUGUUGUCUUCCAAAUUUUGAGUUGUUUUAUUUUAAGGUGGCCUUCUCCAGAUAUUUAACUUAAUGUUCUAAAAGGUAGUGGUUCUGAAAGAGUUAACAUUGAAGCUGCAUCAAUCUCCACCCACUCUGAGGUCACACAGCUUUUGGGAGCAGGAACAAUAAUUGAACAAUGGGGUCAGAUGUGUCAUCUGUGGCUUCUAAUGAGUCUUUUUUUGUAAUUGUGCCAAACUGGUCAAUGCAUUUUUUUACUUGAUGUUGUCAUGCAAUAAACUAUAUCUUGUUAAAGACAA